ACCAGCACCACCACCACCAGCACGUCCACCACCAGCACCUCCACAACGACGGUGACCACGACCACCACCACCUCUACGGUGACGACCACCACCACAAAGGCUCCACGGGAGACCUGUGGUAUUUGUGACCUGGAGAAUCACACAGAUGCUGCUUCUUGGAACCCCGUCAACAACGGCUCGAUGACCCUCACAGGACCCUCGAUAGAGAACCUGUUGAAACAGGAUGGCAUGACUUGGGAGUUGAUGUGGCAGAGCAAGUCCAAACCCAACAUGGACAAUGCCUUCCUGAUGGGCACCUGGAACGGCCUGGGCUGCUGGGAACCUGGCGCCCUGAUCACCAUCCGCGACGAUGGAAAGCUCAACAUGUUGGCGGUGAUCAACGGUGAAUACAAGUCCUUGCCCAACCUCUGCAACAAGAAUGUCCUGGACGGAGAGUGGCAUCACAUUGUGGCCACCUUCAGCCAGAGUAAUAAGACGAUGCGGCUCAUCGUGGACGGCUGCAUUGAGUCGGAGUUGCAGCGCACCUGGAAUCCACGAUUCCAAGCCUUCAACUUGGGCUACGAGCCAGGAGAGAAAGGCAUCGGUAGCAAGUUCCUGGCUGGUCCCGCACAGCGAAGGUACAAGGGCCACGACUACCAGCACGACUCUCGUUAUGGGCGCCUGGUCUUUUGGAACCGGGCUUUGGAUCCUCAUGAGAUCUCCUUGAAACAUAGCACCGCCUGCUGCAAGACCGGCUUGGUGGCCAUUUACCGCUUCGACGGGGAGAUGGGGAUUGGAUGGAUGGGAUGGAUAGGAUGGAUAGGAUGGGAUGGGGCCAAGAGGAAACUUGCCAGAUUUUUGGGAAAUAUUGGUGAAUGGUUGGCUAAUAGCUUGAGACUUGGCCUGAUGUGUGAAAAAAACGAAAAAAAACAGUAUCCUAAUGUAUCCCACUAAGGAUCAGUUUUUGCUGGGUAACCAUCGGCCAUGGCAGCGUGAAGUCAUGGAAUCCAACGAAGGGGACUGCAAUGGUUGCAGAUUUGGUCCAGGUGAACAGCAACGGUACACACCAGUCCUUAGAGUCUUAGAGGGAUAAGAUGAAGCUGCACCCAAGAUUGGUGGGCCCACAAUUUCUUGUGACACCCACACUGAAUGGAAGCAGAUUGAUUUGUAGGACUACAUAGAUGCGCUUCACAAUUUCGAGCACUUCCAGCAUGCCC